GCAGUAAAUACCAACCAAGCCUGCAUGCACGCAUCCACAGCUCAUCGAUAACCACACAUCCACACAACGACCCAUUAAUUUUGUCAAUCGGGAACCAAGCAGUCAUCGAGAAUACCAUACCUGUACUGAGUACCCGGUACAGUACUAGUACCGUCCCCAAGCAAUAUCUUUCAAUGAGACAUGGAUCUUGGAGGCUUGGAGGUAGCCAGAUAGCGCUUUGCCAGCUUGAGUGAGAAGGGGACAGCGCAGUCAUGGUAAGAUUGCCCAACAGGUUAGCUUGAUCGAAGCAUCUCAAUGGUUUAAGAGCGGCCACUUGGUCAUCGUACAUCGUAUCGUAUCUUUCCAGCAACCAAAAUCUUUCUUGGCAAUGCCAAGGGCUCGACGAAGGAUCGAGCUGACUUUAACCAUCAUAGACUCUGUCUUUGCUGUUUGUUCGAAGCAGACGAGUCUAAGAGUGUAUCAGCUCACAAAACCAAUUCUUCAGGGUUGGAACUACUUAUUAGCUACCUAGCUAGGAGAAAGAAGAUGCGGCUCUCCCAUCCAUUGAAUCUCUUGUGCUUGUUCGUCUGCCUCCUGGGGGUGGCAGUUUCGACGGUGGCCGCCAAAGGUCAUCUUCGUUCCGUGGCAACGACAACAACGACUUCUGCCAACGCGGACAACGGUCAGGAUGUGAUGAAGGCCCAGUCGGAUCAGGCGCUGUCUGCCGAGGAAAUGCAGCGACUUCUCGGCUCGUCUGUCUCGGAUAAGAGGAAGAAAAAGAAGAGGGGAAACUCUGCCUCAAAAGAUGGCAGCGAUGGCGGCAGUGAUCGGGAUAGCGAUAACGAUAGAAACCGCGAUAGAGAUCGCAGUCGCAGUCGCAGCCGCAGUCGCAGCCGUGAUCGUGAUGACACGGACCCCGAAGCAAAACGCGACCAAGAAGACGAAGAGCGCAAGAGCGACGAAGAUGAAAAAAGGAACAGCAGGAGCAAAAGCAGAGAAGAAAAAGACAACGACAAAGAAGAGGAAAAAGAGCGUGAAGAAAGCGAAGAAGAAGAAGAAAAGAAUUCGGAGGACAAGAAGAAGAACAGGAAGAGCGAGAAGCGCAAUAGCGACAGCGCCGACAAGGACGAAGAAGGAAAGGAAGAAGACGACGCCCGAGAGAAGAAUGAAGAAGAGAAUGCGGAGAAUCUCAAGGCUUUGAAAAAGGUGACACAGAAAGCUGUGGAAAAGAAGAUUCAGGAAGUUGGGGCCAGUGAUUGUCGUCGUAAUCUCCAACUGAACAAUAUAAAGAAGCAGUCGAAUGCUGCAAAAACCAAAAAGACGCCGAAUAAUGGCAACGCAAAGAACAACAACAACAAUGACAAUGACAAUGGAAAAAGUGAUAACGAUGCAAACGACGAGGACAAGAAGAAGAAGAAGAACAACAAUAACAACAACAACGACAACACGGACAACAAGAAGAAAAAGAACAAGAACAACGACAAUGACAAUGACAACAACAAAGACAGCCCUGCACGAUCAGAGACGAAGAAAAAGCUCAAGAAGUUUGUGGACAGGGAGGUGAAGACCAAGAUUGAUUCAGAAACUGGUUCUUGCUCUGAUUAGGCAUGGUCGCAGGUGCUGGUCAGCCAUGCAUGUAUGUGAGUUUCUCAGAAUGGGCAAUCAAUCAGGACGACACAAGAGAGCCCAGCCUAGAGAGUAGAUGAUAACGAGGUAUAAGCCCAUGGAACCUGAACACAGACACUUGCCUUAGCUACCGGUAGCAGACGAGUGAGUGCGUAGCUUUGCCUACUAGCAAGCUAGCUAGAUAUCCAGGUAAUAGGCCGAACUAGCGCUGAGCUGCAGAGCUCCACGAACUCCCCCAUCCACACAAUCUGGCGGAUAGAGAUGCGGAGCGGCUUGUCAUCCGCACCUUUUUUAGAGGCACUAAUAGUAUGGUACCCGAGGUAGCGACGUACCCCACCGGUACCAGGUAUCUAUGGUGGGUGACGUACCCCACCAGUACCAGGUAGCUAUGGUGGGCGAAGGCACCUUCACACGAUCUACAAGUAUUCAUUCAUGAGAGUCUAUAGU